CCAAGUAACGAGUCUGACACGUCAUAACCCGGAUGUGAAUGAUUAAGUUCCGGAUCUGGAAAAGUCGCUGCAUGUAUUUUCAUAGAUACUUUGCGCAGCUGUUGUUUUUGUAGAUUAGAACAUUUUUCCAGAUGUCACCACUGCAUGUGUUCCGGGAAAGCAGUGACCGUAAAAACAGAACAUUUAGCCGUAGAUGCUGCGGCUUGUGACGCCGGAGCUGUUUUUGUGUGCCUGGCAGUUCAUUCGCACAUGUUUACUUCAGACACUAUCGGACGUCAGUUACAGCAGCAUUUAGGAGGCUUUAUGUGGCCCAGAGGGUGCAGAUAAAUGACUUCAUCAAAGUCGAUUCCUGACUUAACUCGUUAUUUGGACCAUGGGUCUCAACGUCUUCAACAUGUUGACAUGGAGCGUCAGACGCUGCAUCCUGUCCCCGCGUUCAGCUCCAAUGAAGAGCAUACGGGGCACCAGAGGACUCUGUAGCAAAGCACCGAAUGAUGGUUUGGACCGGGUCCGGACGCUGCUGCAGCUCUGCGCGGACAGAUACUUCAUCUCUCCCGGAGAGAGCAACGCGGAUCUGUUCCGGAGAGGUUGGAGCUGCAUCUACGGACCGCUGGGCUUGGAGCUGAGGAGAAACCUGCUCCAGCAGUGGUGGCACUCGGUGAGCGGGUCCAGGGUUAGGGUGUUCGGGUUGAAUACUCCGAGCAGCAGUCUGGAGAGAGGAGCUGGUGGAGCUCGGGUUGUUGAAUCUGAACAUUUCCAACAAAUACUCGAUCAGUCUGAGUUGAGCAGAGAGCAGCUCAUCCAGGAGCUGAACAGGCUGCUGCUGAGCUCUCCAUCUGUGAGGACAAACUUACUUCAAGGUGCCUUGGAGCAGUUUGUGCCCUCACUGGAGAUGGUGAACAAAAAACUCCCGUUUGGCCUGGCUGAGACAGGUCUAUGUUUCCAGCCUUCAGAUGUCUCUGGUUGCUUUGUUGAUGUCACCCAGACGUCUCUGGUUUGGUUUUGCUCUCCUCGCACCUCUUCCCAGUGGCUGGAUCACUGGGUACGCCACAGGCUGAAGUGGUGGAGGAAGUUUGCCGUGUCCCCCUCUGACUUCAGCAGCAUUGAGGUGCCUGAGAACGAGCUGGAAAAGACAGAGUCUCGCGGGGUGAAGAUCUUGUAUAAUUUCCCGUGGGGCCUUGAAUCCCUGGAGACCCUGUGGUGUCGAGGAGACACAGACCUGCUGCAGACAUACAAGGGGGUCCGCACCAAAUGGCAGAGUCGAGGUGGUCAAAAGUCCGUUCCCCACGUUGUUUCUGUAAGCGGCAACAUUGACCGUGGCAUGCUGGCUUUCCUGUCCAACUCACUUCAGGAGCUCAGAGGAGAAGAUGGCAAAAAGAAGCUGCAGCAGAGAAAGGUUCUAAAGUUGCAUCCAGUGUUGGCUCCUGUCAAAGUGGCUUUAGACAUUGGGAAGGGAGCCACAGUGGAACUAAGGCAGGUCUGUGAGGGACUUCUGCAGGAGUUCCUGGAAGCUAAGAUCUCUGCAUGGCCAGGAUAUCUUGAAACUCAGCCAACAUCAUUACAGCAUCUUAAUGCCAAAUAUGAUGAGAUGGGAGUUCUCUUUACUGUGCUGAUCAGUGAAAAUACACUGGAGAGUGGCCUCCUGCAAGUUCGCAACAGAGACACAACCAUCAGAGAGACCAUGCACGUUUCAGAAAUUAGAAACUCGCUCUCUAAAUAUAUUUCUGCUGCUGACAAAUUCUCAUGAUAUAAAAAUCAUAAAAGAUUUUCCUCUCAGCAUAGCAUUCAGUCCCACAAAUAAACCCUCCAUAACCAAAGUGAGAGAACUGUGGGGAUUUUGAGUUUAUGUCUGUCAGUCAUGGACUCAUCUAAGAAGGCCAAGAGACCCUUUGGAAGUAAAAUGUCCAUGUAGCCUGUCCUUUGUCCUCAGUAGGUGUUUCAUAUCAGUCCUUUUAACACAAAGAGCUGCAUACAUGUAUUUCUCCUACGUGGGUUCUAGUUUGGGUGAAUAGUGCCUUGGAUUAAGGCUUCUUUUGCCAUAAAGCCAGUCAAUUUAUCCCUUUCUUAUCAAUUUAAUCAUACCUGAAGAGAUGGGCAUUCUAUAAUGCCCAAAGUUUGACAACAAGAUGGACCAAAUGAAUGAACCAUCAAUGAACAGAUGGCCAGUUAAAUUAAAAAAAUUAUGCAAAACAGUUGUUUCCAAGGGGAGAAAAUGACAUUACAUUAACAUGAUUACAUUACAGAAUGAGGUUUGGCAUGUUUACUUCUGACAGCUAUGGUGGUUAUUUUGUAUUCACAAUAAAAACAUAUGUUAAGGAAAAAAAGAA